GUCUUUUUCAACUUUCAUGGUUUGCAUCCAAGCCUGGCUGUAAUCUUCUAAUGAGUUAACGUUACAGCAAACCGUGUUCUGGUCUGGUGGUGGACAUCUUGGUAUCCCCGUGCAUUGGAGUCUCGAUUCUGCCAUCUCGAUCAUUUAAAGUUAAAAUAUUAGUAAUAAAGUUAGGAACAAUUCCAGGCAGGCAGUCAUUCUCAGUAACGUUAGAACAUUGACAGGUGGCGAGAAACGCUCAACAUUUGCUUUGCCACCAUUGAGUGGCCUGUUCUGACACGGUCUUGGUGUGAAGUAUAAGAAACACACUGAAGACGCCAGUGAAACUGACCUAGCAAAACACGACGAGGAUGACUAUGUGGAAAUUAAAGAACAGAUGUACCAAGACAAGUUGGCAUCAUUGAAAAGGCAGUUGACGCAACUCCAAGAAGGAACACUUCAGGAGUACCAGAAGAGAAUGAAGAAGCUGGACCAGCAAUACAAAGAGAGACUUCGCAAUGCUGAUCUCUUCCUCCAACUCGAGAAAGAACAGGUGGAGAGGAACCACAUCAAAGAGAAGAAAGCGGCGGUGAAGGAGUUUGACGAUAAGAAGGUUGAGCUGAAGGAAAACUUAAUUGCCGAGCUGGAGGAGAAGAAGAAGAUGAUAGAGAAUGAGAAAUUAACAAUGGAGUUGACUGGCGAUUCUAUGGAGGUGAAACCCAUCAUGACCCGGAAGUUGAGGAGGAGGCCCAACGAUCCAGUCCCCAUUCCAGACAAACGGAGGAAACCUGCACCUGCUCAGUUAAACUAUUUGCUAACAGACGAACAGAUCAUGGAAGAUCUGCGAACACUGAACAAGCAGCUGAAGUCCCCCAAGCGUCCAGUGUCUCCGUCGUCUCCAGACCAUAUGCCCACCACUCCAAUGGAGGCCCCUUCACAGCGCUAUGAGGCCCGCAUCGAAGAAGGAAAGCUCUACUAUGACAAGAGAUGGUACAUACAGUGCAUUCGGUACCAUAAGAGCCAGGCCAUCUACCUGGAGUCAAAGGAGAAUACAAAGAUCAGCUGUGUCAUCAGUUCUGUGGGAACAAACGAGAUCUGGGUGAGGAAGACCAGCGACAGCACCAAGAUGAGGAUCUACCUGGGACAGCUACAGAGAGGAGCGUUUGUUAUCCGACGACGGUCAGCGGCAUAGAACACACGCCUCAUUCUUCUGUUUCUCCGUCUCAUCAGCAUCCUUCUCGUUCUUUUCUCUAAAGUACAUUGCUUCCCUCCUCAUGAUGCUUCCCCACCCUACCGUGUGCCGGAGGAAGUUUUCUCAAUGACUUCCAUUUCAACCAAUCAGGACCACUGGAAGGGUGGCCAUCAUCAAGCACAGGUGGAAGCCAUUUUUUUUCUAGGAGGUUUUUGUUCUAUUGUCAUGAUUCCUGUAGGCUUUGUGUGGAGCUGAAAGGAAUGGGUAGCCCAGGUAUAAGAAAUGUCGGAUAUUGCUCCACCAUGCCUUAUGGACUUGGUGGAAUUUUUUCCAUUUUCCUUACACUAUCCAAUCCUCUCAGAUCUACACAAGUGCAUAGGGGCUCAAAGCUGAUUUUGGAAUAGGUCUUACAUGUCUUUCUACACCUAACAUAGUUCUGUAACAGUUUCCUUGAUCUGUUGUUCAGCUGGAAUCAUGCCAUGUUUUCUAAGAGCGAAGCUUGUCUGAACUGCACAAUCAAUACAUGGAGGAGGUGGGAAAUGGACACAUUUCAUAUUGUCUUUUCAUCUGGUACAUUGUCUGUUUUAUAGUUUUUUUGCUCCUGGUAUAUUGACCUUUUUAUUUCUUAUAAAAAAAUUAUAAUGUAUUGGAUUGACUUAAGGUUUUAAUUUUGUAUAUGUAAUAUUGACAUUAGAUGAGUAAUUCACUCUAGCUAUUGGACUUGGCUGAACUCUAUUUGCACAUGAAGAUGAAACUUAACAAUUUCUAUUUGUACAUUUUUGUGCGUUCCAUUUAUUAAAGAUGUUACUGCCUUUUGUCAA